AGCUAAAUAACGUGUUCAUUUGUGUCAAUGCAAGUCUACAUACACAUGCAUGCACGCGUUCAUAGGUAUGCGCCCUCUUCAUCUUCCCUGUGCCACCAUGUCUGCAGGUCAUGUGAUGUCCAGAUGGCACGUUCAAGCGGGGCAGCCAAUGAAAAACUUUCCUUUUGUCCAAACACUCCCAUAGCGAGCUUCCCGUCUGCAUUUUGCUCGUGCUGGCUGUAUCUUUAAUUACAUCUAAGACUAUUUUUAAAUGCACAUCCACCCUCCGGCAACGGCUGCUCCCGUCUACCUGUCUUGUUUCCUUUAAUCCCUAUCAUUAGAUCUCUAACGUUCCCCGACAAGGCGCCUUAUUUUCUGCUGUCUUUGCUAAGAUGCAUCCUCCUUGUGGUUGCUUUGUUGUCACAUCUCCUGCCUGUCAUCCACAUGCACUUACUUCAGCUGUAUCGCAGCGCUGCUUGGACCUGACAGGAAGCACAAAUGAACGUUUCAUGUAUCAGUUUGCUGGGACUAUAUUUUGAUGUCACGAGUGCCUCUGUAGUUAUCAGCAGUGAGCAGAUGUGUACACAGCACAUACGACAGGACUGCGAGGGUGUAAAGUAGCGGUGUAUGUUAAAUGCUCAGAUGGUUACAAUGUUUCCUGCACCCCUAGUAAUACACAAAUCCACAUUACUCCAGCUCUUCUACUCCAUUCCUCCUUCCCAUCUCUGUUUCCUCUCUCCUUGCUUUGUUCCCUCCCCUCCUCUGUAUCUUCCAAUGACUCACACGCUCCCCCUCCCCCCCGUGUGUCAUACGUUUUCACCCCUUCUCCUCCCACCUCCCCUUCCCGCUAUCGCUCCUUCUCAUUCGCCCACAUUCGCUCACUUUCUCCACCAGGCUUCAAACAAGCUGCAGGUAACGUUUAAAAAGAUUGAUCUGUUUCUUCGGUCCCUCCAUCCCUCUCAUCCCGCUCCCCUCCCCCAUCUCCUCAUCGCUACCUGCUCUGUCUUUUGCGUCUCAUCUCUCAGUUGGUCCGUGCUCUCUGUCACUGACUGAAACAGGCGAGAAAUUGAGCUGGUUUGUGGUCUGGAACAGGUUGACAGAUUUUUAAGUAGGAUGUCUAUAGUGAAUAUUGUUGCCAGGGAGAUCUUGGACUCCAGGGGAAACCCCACUGUGGAAGUAGAUCUCCAUACAGACAAAGGUCUUUUCAGGGCUGCUGUUCCCAGUGGUGCCUCCACAGGCAUCUACGAGGCUCUGGAGCUCCGAGAUGGCGACAAGACUCGCUACAAGGGCAAAGGUGUGACAAAGGCUGUUGCUCACAUUAAUGACACCCUUGGACCCGCCCUCAUCCAGUCUGGAAUCAGUGUGCUGGAGCAGGAGAAGCUGGACAAUGUGAUGAUUGAAAUGGACGGCACUGACAACAAAUCUAAGUUUGGUGCCAACUCUAUUCUGGGAGUAUCGCUGGCCAUAUGCAAAGCUGGCGCAGCAGAGAAAGGUGUCCCCCUGUACCGUCACAUUGCUGACCUGGCAGGAAACGGAGAGCUGGUCCUCCCUGUUCCUGCUUUUAAUGUGAUCAAUGGAGGCUCUCACGCUGGGAACAGGCUGGCCAUGCAGGAAUUCAUGGUUCUUCCAGUGGGUGCCGAGUCUUUCCGUGAUGCUCUGCGUGUGGGGGCGGAGCUCUACCAGACGCUGAGAAGUGUCAUCAAGGAGAAAUAUGGUCAGGAUGCUACAAAUGUGGGUGAUGAAGGAGGGUUUGCCCCUAACAUACAGGAGAACAGUGAAGCUCUGGAGCUGAUAAAGACAGCCAUAGAGAAGGCGGGCUUCACAGAUAAGGUGGUGAUAGGGAUGGAUGUUGCUGCUUCAGAGUUCUUCAGCGAGGGCAAAUAUGACCUGGACUUUAAGUCUCCACCAAACGCUGCCCGCAAUAUCACAGCUGAUGAGCUGGCCGCCAUCUACCAGGGGUUCAUUAAUAACUACCCAGUGGUGUCUAUUGAAGAUCCUUUUGACCAGGAUGACUGGCCCGCUUGGUCCCAGUUCACAGCCUCAGUGGGUAUCCAGGUUGUUGGAGAUGAUCUGACGGUCACCAACCCACGAAGAAUACAACGAGCUGUGGAGGAAAAAGCCUGCAACUGUCUGCUCCUCAAAGUCAACCAGAUUGGGUCUGUUACAGAGGCCAUCAAAGCGUGCAAGCUGGCACAGGAGAACGGCUGGGGCGUGAUGGUGAGCCACCGCUCAGGAGAGACAGAGGACACUUUUAUAGCUGACCUGGUGGUUGGUCUCUGCACUGGACAGAUCAAAACUGGAGCUCCAUGUCGAUCUGAACGCCUGGCCAAAUACAAUCAGCUCAUGAGGAUUGAGGAAGAGCUGGGCGAUCAGGCUCGCUUUGCUGGACACAACUUCCGCAACCCCAGCGCCAUUUAGGGAGGGGGGUGCCGGUGUUCUUAGCAGACAAAAUGAGAGAGAACAAAAAAAAACACGCAUACAUAUAUAUAGUGUCAUAUUUCCCUGAUUAGUUCUAUGUGGUGAGAGGUUUACGUGUAUCAGCAAAGCACUAAACACACAAAGAUGAACUUAAAAGCAUCAAAACGAAUUAGUUUUCACAUUAUAGCUACAAUAUAUCGAUCUAACACUUCAGUGAGUGAUAGAGAUGAUUGCCUACAGCCAGCCUCCACGAAUCCUAACAAAGCCUGGUGGAGGAAAAAAAAAUCUACUGAACUACUGAGUCACACUCCCCUUCACGGGCUUGUUAGUUUCUCUCACUUUCCUGAACCCCCUGACUCUCUCCUUUUCACUUGCUGCAGAAGUGUUUUGAUCUUUUUUGUGCCCUGUUGUUUCCUCCUCUUCCUCCUCCUCCUUCUCCUCCUCCUGUUUAACAGCUUGCUGCAAAGUUGUGUCUGCUACUUUGUCUGUUCAAAGUGAAGCUUAAUAAAGAGAUGGAUAUAUGUUAACUCGAA